AUGCGACAACCAUCUUCAAAGGCGGUGCCGAAUCGCACAUCGCGAUCGCCCAGGACGUUUAGGUUCCGCGCCUUCUACAUUACCGUGCUCUGCUUGGCUCUGUUGGCAGUCAUCAGCCUCGUGGCAGACCAGUCUGCUAGAUAUCGACACGGCCCUCAAUAUGGAGUGGCGCAAAGAAGAGCUUUGGAGCAGCUGGACAGCACCCGACUCGUGAAAAGAGACGAAGAGUGUCGCCUGGUUCACCAUGCCGAAGAUAAAUGUGCUUUUAUAAAAGCAAACUGUCCGGACGAAGAAGCGGGCCUCUUCUCCUACCUGUCAUUCUACUACUGCGGUCUCUCAAAGGCACAACCCGUAGCCUUUAUUGUCCUCUCACUAUGGCUCGCCUUACUCUUUACUACAAUCGGCAUCGCUGCAUCGGACUUCUUUUGUAUCAAUUUGAGUACCAUUGCAUCUAUAUUAGGAAUGAGCGAGAGCAUGGCGGGAGUAACAUUUCUGGCAUUUGGAAAUGGGAGCCCGGACGUCUUUUCGACGUUCGCAGCAAUGAGCUCGCAUAGUGGAAGUUUGGCUGUUGGAGAGUUGAUUGGGGCGGCCGGGUUUAUCACUGCAGUCGUAGCAGGGUCUAUGGCAUUGGUACGAGAGUUCAAGGUUGGAAAGAAGACCUUCGUUAGAGACGUUGGAUUCUUCAUCGUUGCUGCGAGCUUCAGUAUGGUUUUCCUGGCCGAUGGUGCCUUGCAUCUUUGGGAAUGCUGUGUCAUGGUCGCAUUUUACAUUUUCUACGUAGUGGUAGUAGUUGUUUGGCACUGGUACCUGGGACGGAAACGGAGACACCGCGAAAGGGAAGCUGCUGCCCGUGGGCAGUAUCUAGCCAUGGCGAAUGAGGAGAUAGAGGUUUCCGAGGAAAAUGAUGAUGACGAGGAUGCGCCAGCAGGAACCCCACGAUACAGAGAUGUUGAAGACUUCGGGGCGUUGGAGCGAGCUGCAAGUCCAGCCAAUGUCCACGACGAAAGUGACGAAGAUGGAGAUGAAGGGAUGCAUCUUGCGGCUGAGAUGGCAAGCAGCAUGCGAGUCACCAGGCCUGCUGGAAGUCGCAGGAAUACGAUAACCCCUAUCCGCCCUAGCUUAGUAGGCGCCUUGGAGUUCAGAUCAGUUCUGUCAUCGUUGCAGAAAGCUCGAGGAUCCCAUGCACGACCGAUCCAUCUACGCAGAUAUUCGGAUGAUCCAACAACAGGGCUCGCGGCGCAGAUUGAUGGCACAGAAGCACCACAAGAGCGUUAUUCAGAUAACCCUCCGGGUACUGAUCACACGCCGGGAGCAGCUGGAAACGAUCCGUCAAGACUUGGUGCGCCAACCACAAGGACAAGAGCCGUAUCUCUAAAUGAUGCAGCUAGUUCCAAAGCAACUGAUCCUGCUGCUUUCACGGUGGCAACCAUACCACAUAUUGGGGUCGUUGCUGCAACGCCAACAUUUCCCCGAAACCUCCAUGUCCCUGGGCCAAACUCUAUACAUAGUUCGCCCUCACUUUCUGGGCGACCGCCACCCUCGCCGACUUUCUCCGUCUCUCCUCCUCCUUCUAUACACGAGAAUCGAGAUGCGAGUCCCGCACCCUCUCAAGAACGACCGAAACGCGACACGCUUGCACCACCUGAAGAGGGGUUUCCGGGGGCAAGGCAUCUCCGUGCCGAUUACUUUAGAGACCACGAACCUGAACGGGUCUCUCCACAUGACUCUCCGAAGAUGAGGUCUAGAGCUGCCCAGCGCCCUCGACUCCACAUACCUGGCUCGUCAUCGAGGGAUAGCUCCCACUCACGAACACAGUCGCCAAUUAUCCAAUUCCCAGCAUAUACCGACUCGCCUGCACCGAUGUCUGCCAUCAGCUCCAAUGCCCCAAGUAUUAUGCUUCCAGAGCCAGAGAUGACCUCCGAAUCGGUAUACGGUAGUCAUGACCUAGAAUAUCAGGAAAUGGCAAGACCUAUCUGGUGGUGGCCCUACAAGUAUCUUCCAAGCCCUCUCGUGUUGGGAACCACACUGUUCCCAACAUUAUGUACAUGGCGGGAGAAAACUGUCUGGGACAAAUUCGUCGGGCUUGUAUCAGCGCCGAGCAUUUUUCUUCUGGCGAUCACCCUUCCGGUCGUUGAGUCCGAAUCACAAGAUGAGGAAGAGGAUGAGGCUACUCUUGAUGAGAGAGCCCCAUCGUUGCCGAGACGUCACAGCAGCGCGGUUCCCCCGUUGACACCAGAUAGCCCAUCACUAGAGAAUGAACCUGAGUGGAUUCGUUACCGGCGAGCUACAGAAUCCCAUGGCCAUACCCCAAGGUCGCCUCAGCUUCGAGGCUACAGCGGACACAGCUCUGCCGCAGUUGCUGUGUCAGCAGAGAACCUCAACCAUCAUUCUCACUUGGCAUCAAUGCCUUCGAAACACUCCUCCAUCUCACAGAUAGAGGACACUCCAGGUAAUGCAGAGUUGGUGUCUUCGCAGGAUUGGAAUCGAUGGCUUGUCUCCGUCCAAAUAUUUACCGCACCUUUAUUCGUGGUGAUUAUUGUUUGGGCAAAUAGCGCCGAGGGCAACACGAGCCUUCUCGUCCAACUCGUUCUAUAUUCCCUCCUGGGCUCUUUGAUUGCAUUUGCUAUUCUGGUGCUUACGACCUCGCCAACAACGCCUCCGAAAUAUCGUUUCAUCCUUUGCUUCCUAGGCUUUGUCGUUGCCAUCGCUUGGAUAUCUACGAUUGCAAAUGAAGUUGUCGGUGUGCUGAAAGCCAUCGGAGUGAUUCUCGGGAUAUCAGAUGCUAUCCUGGGACUGACUAUUUUCGCUGUGGGCAACUCUCUCGGUGAUCUGGUUGCAGACAUUACAGUUGCCCGUCUUGGAUAUCCAGUGAUGGCGUUGUCCGCCUGCUUCGGAGGCCCAAUGCUCAACAUACUCCUCGGCAUUGGCUUGAGCGGGAUCUACAUGACAAUCAAGGGAGCAAACCAUAAACAUGCGAAACAUCCGGGGAAGAAAAUUGAAUACAAGCCGUACGGGAUUCAGGUCAGCGGCACCUUGAUGAUCAGUGCAGUCACGUUGUUGAUCACACUCGUUGGUCUCCUAAUUGUCGUUCCUCUGAACAAAUGGGUGAUGAGCAGAAAAAUUGGCUGGGGCUUGAUCGGGCUCUGGAGCGUGAGUACAGUUGUAAAUUUGGCGGUCGAGGUGAGCGGUGUGUUUGAUACCUCGAGGAAAUAA